AUGGCAGAUAACACGACCGCAUCUGUGCCUGCUGCACAAGCAGGUGCAAGCGCAACCAAUGGCAGCAAGGACUCCAGCUCGCAUACCGAUUCGAGGAAUGAAAACAGAGACAGGAAUCAACGUGGGAGAGGCCGAGGGAGGGGUGAUGCUCGCGGGGGACGGGGCGGUCGUGGGCGGGCAGGCAGAGGUAGAGGAGGUGGAGGCGGAGGGCGGGGAGGUAGGGGAGGUGGGGAUAGAAAUACAUUUGGCUCGAAAGAAGGUGGUCGCAACAAGAAAGGGGACAUGGGCCGAGGAGAGUGGAAUCGUCGCGAUCUAGAUAAACGCAAGAGAAACGACGAACAGCAAGCCGCAAAACGCCGCAAGGCCGAAGAGGCAGGAGAAGAAGUUGAGACUCCGUUUACGAAGGAGGAGAUCGACGCAGAGGUUCGCAAGCCGAAGCGCAAAGUGGCUGUUAUGAUUGGGUACGCGGGUUCCGGAUACAAAGGCAUGCAAAUCAACGGCGCAGAGAAAACAAUUGAAGGCGAUCUCUUUAAAGCCUUCGUAGCAGCAGGUGCCAUUUCGAAGGCAAAUGCAGAUGAUCCUAAGAAGUCCUCACUUGUCAGAUGUGCCCGGACGGACAAGGGCGUACAUGCGGCAGGCAAUGUCAUUUCCCUGAAGCUCAUCGUCGAGGAACCUGAUAUCAUUCAAAAGAUCAACGAGAACCUACCUCCUCAGAUUAGGGUAUGGGGUAUUGAGCGCACAAACGGAGCUUUCAGUUGCUACCAGACCUGCGACUCGAGAUGGUACGAAUACCUGAUUCCCACAUACUCCUUCAUCCCACCACACCCUCAGAGCUUCUUGGCCCAGAAACUAUUUGAGUCUGCAGAAAAAGAGGAUAAGUUGACGGAGUAUCGUUCAUUGCAGGAGGACGCUGCUGGAUUUUGGCAACAUGCUGAAGACACAUACGUCAAGCCCAUAUUGGACAAGCUGGAUCCGGAAUUAAGAGACGCUGUUACUGCAGCCAUCCAUAGCCCCGCUGAAGAGGUAGUCGCACCGAAGAAAGAGGAAAGUAAGCUAGCUGGUGAUGCUACAGCCGUGAAGGAAGAAGAAGGUGCUAUGGAUGUAGAUGUUACAGCGACUGAUUCAAGCAAACGUAAGAGGACUGACCAGGAUGAGGAUUCCCAAAUUCAGAAGAAGCUGAAAACCAAUUCAGCAAGCGUCAAAACCGAAGAUGGAGUCACAGAAGAUAUUACCGAGCCUACCGCUUCGUCUGAUCCGGUCAAACAGGAAGUUCCGAUCAAGCAAGAGGCUCCCACCGAUCAACAAGAAUCCGAUAGCAGAGGCCCGACCGGUGAUGCCUCAAAAUCCAUCCUAACCCCCCUCGAAGCUGCGAUCAAAGAAGUCAAAGCCGCCUACAUUACCGCUAAGAAAGCUUACCGCAUCUCUGCCACCCGCCGAGCACGUGUUCAAGAAGCCCUCAACUCCUACCUCGGAACCUGCAACUUCCACAACUACACUAUCCAAAAGACCUUCUCAGAUCCUUCUGCCAAGCGUGUAAUCCGGUCAUUCAAGGUCGGCCCAGAACCCAUCAUCAUCAACGACACGGAAUGGCUAUCAUUGAAAGUUCAUGGGCAAUCAUUCAUGAUGCACCAGAUCCGCAAGAUGGUCGCUAUGGUGGCGCUGGUUGUAAGGUGUGGAAGCCCGCUGAGCAUUAUCCAGGAAAGCUACGGGCCGCAGAAUAUCAGCAUUCCGAAGGCCCCGGGCUUGGGGCUGCUGCUGGAGCGACCGGUGUUCGAUAGUUACAACGAGAAGGCGGUCAGGGAGUUCAAUCGCGAAAAGAUUAACUUCGACAACUACCAGAAGGAAAUGGAAGAAUUCAAGCAGCGGGAAAUCUACGAUCGAAUCUUUAGAGAGGAGGAGAAGGAUCAUCAAUUCCACGCCUUCUUCCACCACGUCGAUCACUUCAAGACGGACUUUUUUCUCUGGGUUACUGCCUCGGGAAUUGCGGCUGCCAAGCAGAGUAAAGUUCCGGCGAGGACCGAUGACCAUAGCGAUGAUGAGCCAGAUGCCAAGGGAGAAGAGGGUUGA